AUAGUCUCAUCGAUCUUUGUAUCACAGGCGCUUGAGCUUGGAUCUCCUUACAGCUUGAAGACAUGUCGUUGAUAUCCAAAAUAAGUAUCACUACUUCUCUACAUGAAACUGUAUCUCGUUUGACAUAUUUUCCGACAUUGACAUUUGUUCGAUGGCGAAAACCAAGACAUCUUCCAAAAGCCCGAAGUAAGAUAUACAACGUAAGGCAGCCGACACCAAAGGAUGAUGAAGAAACAAAGCUGAUGACAACUCUUACGGACCGGUACAACGUUAAAAUAAGAGCUAUCAGAUCACACUUGUCAACUGUGCUACUGGAAUCCAACAGACUGAGGGAGGAGCAGAUAAUUAAAACUGAGCAGCAGGAGAGGGAGCGGGAGUGGAAUCGAAUGAUUAUCCAAAAUGAAAAAUGGAAUUUUGAAGUAGCAAAGAAACGGGUGAUAAGACAAGCUAAAGAUGCUGAGGCGAGAUUGGUGGAGAUCAACAGAAUCAAGUCUGUACGGGAGAGAAGAGCCUCCAGACUUCACAAAGAAGCCUUGGACAGGGUGGCAUAUGAAAUGGACCAGGUUGAUAAAUUCAUCACUGUCAGCAAUGUUGAUGAGGAGAUUGAACGUGUGCUAGAUUCAUCAAAGAACUACCUAUUUGCUGUUGACAAGAAAGGGACAGUUAUAGGAGCGGAGUCGAAACAAACAGUUACAGAUUCUGAUUUAUCAUCAACACCAGAAACCCCAAAAACCUAAUACACUGUCAUGAUAAAAAAUAAUUUGAAUGUG